AUGGAUCUCUUGCCGCGAGGGAACGACGCCCUCAACGUCAAUCCUUCGACCGGAGUGGACCUCGUUCUUUCGACAAACGGAUCUGACUGGCUUUGGGCAGUCACAGCCGUCUACAUACUCAGUUUCUUUGCCUGCUUGGUCCCAUCCUUCACUGCACCCGAGAGCAAAAGGAUUUUCAAUUACACUCUGUCCAUGGCCCUUUUGGUCGGCGCGGUGACCUAUUUCGCUCAAGCUUCUAACCUGGGGUGGAGCGCCGUCGAGCAGGCCAACCAACUUUCCCGCCAGCUCUCCUACGCACGGUACAUCAACUGGGUCGUCUCAUUCCCGGCUCUGGUCUUGUCCCUUGGUCUGUUGUCAGGAAUCUCCUGGACCACAAUAGUCCUGAACAUUGUUUGCUCAUGGUUCUGGGUUCUCUGCUAUCUCACUGCCGCCUACACCACCACCAACUACAAGUGGGGCUUUUUCGCUUUCGGCACCUUCGCCUAUGUGAUUCUUGCAAUGAGCACCAUCAACGAAAGUCGUGAGUCGGCUCAAGUCCUUGGCAUCGGUCGUGACUAUAUCAUCCUGGCUAGUUGGGUGAACCUGAUAUGGCUGCUUUAUCCUGUCGCCUUCGGCUUGAGUGACGGAGGUCAUGUCCUUGGAGUCACUAGUGGUUUCAUCUUCUUUGGGACCUUGGACGUGCUUCUUCUACCGGUGGCAAGUGUCGGUUUCUUGGUUCUAUCAUGCAACUGGGAUUUUGCGGCUCUGCAACUCGACGUCAGUGAAUACCGCGGCGUCCGGCAUGGCAAGGUCUUGCCGGAGAAGGGCCGUGCCUCUGCUGCACAUGAACGCUGA